AAUAAACUCUCUAAGACAUUUCAAAACGCUUUAUUUCUUUGAAUUAAAAAAAAAAAAACAAAGAAAAAUGGAGAAUUACUCUUAUAAUUCGUACCCGGAUUCCGGCGAUUCUUCGCCGCGAUCUCGGGAAAUCGACUUUGAAAAUCCUCCGCCGUGGGAGGAUCAAGCGCAACAACCGCAGAGUUAUAAGGCUAAGUUUAUGUGCAGUUACGGUGGCAAGAUCCAUCCUCGGCCUCAUGAUAAUCAGCUAUCUUACAUCGGUGGAGAGACUAAGAUACUGGCCGCUGAUCGAAACAUCAAAUUCUCCGCCAUGAUCUCUAAGCUCUCCGCUCUCUGCGGCGGUGGCGACGGUGAUUUUUCGUUCAAGUACCAGCUCCCUGGUGAGGACCUCGACGCACUUAUUUCGGUAACUAACGAUGAUGAUCUCGAACACAUGAUGUUAGAAUACGAUCGGCUAUAUCGAGCCUCGGCCAAGCCAGCUAGGAUGCGGCUUUUCGUGUUUCCGGCGACCGGUUCCUUGAAUUACGGGAGCGAAGGGGCGAAAUUGGACCGUGAGCGGUUCGUGGAGGCUUUAAAUUCCGGUACGUCUCAGGGAGGCGAGAAAACCGCUGCGAUCCCGCAAAGCAAUAUGGAUUUCUUGUUUGGACUUGAAAAGGGGAUGGCUCCACCUCCGCCGGUUAAAAUCCGUGAUCCCGUGGCGGAACCGGUGAUCCAACCGCCGCCACCUCCGGUACCGGAAGUCGUUGGGACGGAUCAUGCUUUGAGUCCAGGUGAAAUUCAAAGACAGAUACAAGAAUUGCAGAGGCUUCAAAUUCGGGAUCAAGAACAUCUACAAGAAUUGCAGAGGCUUCAAAUUCGGGAUCAAGAACAGCUCGCUAUGUAUAGGAAGAAGAAUGAAGAAGCUGCUUCUUUCCCUUAUACAGGGGAAUACUACGCCCAGAAGUUACCUGAAAAACCACAACCGGUGACCGUACAACAGCAUGUGCCAGCGACAGCCGGAAUCUGGCCGGAUAAACAAAUUUCAUCCGGGGGUUUCCCAGCAACCGUAACGGCAGCCCCAGGACCACCACCGCCGGCGGAUCACCCUGUUUACAUGAUCCCAGCUCCAGUUCCAGGAUCGGCUCCGGCCAACCUCUAUCACGCACCUCCACCAGUUCCAGCUCCAGCACCUGCAUCAGCAUCAGCAGCACCACAAAUGGUUCGACCAGUAACCGGACAAGCCGGUCAAGGCUACUACACCAACUUACAGAGAAUGCCUCAUGAAGUUUACCGGGAGCAACCCGUUUACAACAUGGUGGCCCAACCUCAACCUCCGCCCACUCAACACCAGCCGAUAUCAACGAUACCACAACAGGUGGUAAGGCCGCCAAGCAGUGGUGUAACAGAUGCUGGAUAUGGACACGUCGCAGCAUACGACAGACAGGCUUACUAUACUGCACAGGGGGGUGUCGUGCCUCCUCAGUAUCAAGGCGUUGGUGUGGCGGUUAGUGGUGACAAAAGAGGCAACGUCGACGGCAAAGUGGUAUAUAAAGUUUCACAAGGUUCAGUUUAAUUUCUAAAAUUAUGAAAGGUUUUUCGAUAUAUCUGUUAGUUUUAAUUGGUAUUAUUACGUAUUACUAUAUAUAUCAAGUAUAAAUCAAAAUUUUAGCACUUAAUUUUAUUUUAUGCCAUAUGAAAUUAUGAGUUUGUGUUGAAAAAUUGUGAUUUACAUUCUGGGUUAACUUUAAAUUCGUUGAAUAUCAUAAAUUAACUGAA